AAUUUAAUCCUCUCAAUCGCUGACCUAUUCAAUAUAAUUAACAGGAUUAUCAUAAAUCGCUGACCUAUUCAAUAUAAUUAACAGGUUUAUCAUAAAUCGCUGACCUAUUCAAUAUAAUUAACAGGUUUAUCAUAAACGCUUGUCUUAAAUUGUGGUUUUCGUUACAGCAUGAAAUCAUUUAUUUGAAGGGAUAUGCUGGGAAGACCACAAUAGGCUUUAGCCUCUAAAGAUUAUUGUUGCUAAAAUUGCUAAACAAAUUGAACAAAAGAACACGUAAACUUUUAGGCAAAAAGGCAUAGCCUAUGUGUUUUCAGAUUGUAAUGAACUAACGUGUAGGCUAAACAACUCUUUAUAGGCCUAUCAUGCAUACAUGAAGGCACUGUUGAUUGAGGUGACUCCAAUUUAAUUCCUUAAUUUUAUCUCAGUAAAAUCCAUUAUAUUCCCAAACAUCAUGCGGUUAUUAUCUGUAAUUUCAAAAUAGCCAUAGUCUUCAUUUGUUGGGUGAAAUACAAAGGGCUCAGUUGAAGACAUCGCGGAUGACGCUGCUGAUGUCUAACUGCGCGGGUAAACGCACGCCUGAGAUGUACAGAGAGGGCGGGGUUACGCAUCAAAGAUUAUUUCUCUUGAUAAAUCUUGCAGAAUGUUCUCCUCAAGCAGCUGGGGAAUGAAUUGCAUGCUAUUUAGGCUGCUCGAUGUACUGAGGAUGAAGAUGCAACCAUAUUUCUCCGAAUGUUACCUCCUCUCUUUUGGAAGCCAAUCGAUUUUUACAGUAUUUGUUAGGCUAUUUAUUUGUUAUUGACCCAUUUUGUUAAUUAUAAUCCCUGCCUUUUGUCGACAUUAUAAAUCAUUAUGUCGGAUACUGCGGAUACCGAAGAAAAUCAGGAUAUGCUACCGAGUUUGGUCGAGCAGAUAGUCCAGCGAAUAACAGCCGGAGAGGUCCCUAUCAAGAACAUUGAGCGUGAACUCAUUUGUCCGAUCUGCAAGGAGCUGUUUACACACCCCCUCAUCUUGCCCUGUCAGCACAGCGUUUGUCACAAGUGUGUCCGAGACCUGCUCCUAUUGAACCAUGAGGAUUCUUUCGAUGCAGGCUCAGAGUGUUCCCUCCCUGGGAGCCCAGGGCCCCGAUCCAGAGUGCACUCGCCAAGCAUGGAGAGGUUGGAUAGGCUUGCAAGAUCAGCCACACUGCAGAGAAGGUCGUUUGGGAGGAGAGGUAGACGCGGGUUCCAUUUUUUGAAUAGCUGUAGUAGCUCUAUCUCCUCACCAGGAUGGAGGCGUGGCUCUGUGACCCCCCGCAUCACCACUUUCCCAUGCCCGGGUUGCCAACACGACGUGGACCUGGGCGAGCGGGGCAUGAGCAUGCUCUUCCGGAACUUCACCCUGGAGAGCAUCGUGGAGCGCUACCGGCAGGCUGCCCGCGCUGCUGUUGCGAUCAUGUGCAACAUGUGCAAGCCGCCCCAACAGGAGGCUACCAAGAGCUGCAUGGAUUGCAAGGCCAGCUACUGCAACGAGUGCUUCAAGUUCCACCACCCCUGGGGCACCCCCAAAGCCCAGCACGAAUAUGUGGGGCCCACCAUGAACUUUAGGCCCAAGGUGCUGAUGUGUCCGGAGCAUGAGAUGGAGAAGGUCAACAUGUACUGCGAGGUGUGCCGGCGUCCAGUCUGUCACCUGUGCAAGCUGGGAGGCUCCCAUGCCAACCACAAAGUCACAACCAUGAGCAGCGCCUACAAGAUCCUCAAGGAGAAGCUAUCAAAGGCUAUCCAUUACUUAAUCAGCAAAGAGGACCAAGUGAAGACUCAGAUUUCCCACCUGGAGGUGUUGAUCAAUGAAACCGAGGAGAACGGCCAGUUGGCGGCGCGUCGGACCAACGAGCACUUUGAGCGACUGUUCGAGACCCUCCAGGAGAGGAAGUUUGAGAUGCUGCGCUCCAUCGAGCAGUCGAGGACGCGGCGUCUGGACCAGCUUCGGGGCCAGGUGGACGAGUACCAGGGCAUGUUGGAGAACAGCGGCCUGGUGGGUUAUGCCCAGGAGGUUCUCAAGGAGACGGACCAGUCCUGCUUUGUUCAGACUGCCAAGCAGCUUCACACCAGGAUCGCGAAAUCCACCGAGUCUCUGAGGACAUUCCACCCCGUGGCCGACCCCUCCUUUGAUGAGUUUGUGCUGGACACUUCCAGAGAGGAGACCCUGCUGAAGGAGCUUUGCUUUGGUGGAGUCCCUGACCCUCCCAUCAUCGAUCUGUCCCGCAGUCGCGUCUACAACGAAGGCCUGGUGUGCUGGCAGUUGGCUGAGGACACCCUGGCCACAGACUACCAGGUGCUGGAGUACAGGAAGCUGGGUGUUGAGAAGGACGAGGAGGAGGGCAGCAGCCUCUGGCGCCCCACAGUCCCGGUGUACGGCCCCAGCACAGUGGUGUGCGACCUGGAGGCCAACAGCCUCUACUCGUUCAGAGUCCGCAGCUGCCGCAACUCCCUCUACAGCCCCUACAGCCCAGAAGUCACCUUCCACACACCAUCUGCUCCAGUGUUUGGCUUCCUGUUCAAUGACAAGUGCGGCUUCAGCUCGGAGCGGCUGACGUUGAGUAAGCUGCGUGACUCGGUGGAGAGUGCGGCCGGCAUGGCCUUCCUGCUGGCUGCUGAGCGUGUGCAGACAGGCAGCUACAUGGGCCUGGACUACAUCAUCGGUGACACGGGCAUCUCUCAGGGCAGACACUACUGGGCCUUCCGCGUGGAGCCCCACUCCUACUUAGUCAAGGUGGGCGUGGCCUCUGAUUCCAAGCUGCUGGAGUGGAUCCACAACCCCCGGGACACUAGUAGCCCCAGGUACGACCACGACAGUGGGCACGACAGUGGCAGCGAGGACGCGUGCUACGACCUGUCCCAGCCCUUCACCCUGCUCACCGUGGGCAUGGGCAAAGUGUUCAUACCCAAAGCAUCUAUCUCCUCCGCCACCGCCGGCAAUGACCACGGCAACCGGGUGUUGCCCAUGCCCCAGCGCAUUGGCGUGUACCUGGACUACGAGGCAGGCCGUGUCUACUUCUACGACGCAAACACCAUGAGAUGCCUUUACGAGCGGCAAGUGGACUGCACCGGUACCAUGUAUCCCGCGUUUGGCCUCAUGGGUAGUGGCAAGGUUCAUCUAGAGGAGUUCAUCACAGCAAAGCGGCUGUCGUAUAUGUGAGAUGUUGGGCCUUCCACACACCAAAGUCUCUCUCGCACUCUCAACACUUGCCUUUGAGCUCAUGUUUCUCUCUCUCUGCUUUCAGUCAGGUAUAUUUUUGUAGUGAUUUGUUUGUGUGUGUAUGUACACACUAUUUCAGUUGAUUAUGAUCAUGCCAUUUCUUUGUUUUAAUGAACAGCUAUUUAUAUUGUACUACUAAGUCCAGUAAUAUGUAGCCAAGAGAAACCCGAAGAGCCUUGCAGCUAGUCCCACUCUUGUGCCUUUCAUGAUAAAUAGGUAAUCUAGCAAAUGCUGUAAUUUGUCUAAUAAUAACUGUGCAAAACAGCAAGGUUAGUCAUCAGUUACAAAGGUGAGAGAGUGUAUCUAAGUCACAAGGACCCCUCGGUGGAGAAACAUCCCUACCAAAAACUGAGACAAAACGUAUACCUAAUCAAUGUCCGUUGACAAGACUCACGGUCAACAUCGGUUGGGUAGACCGCAUUCGAAUUUUUGACACAUUCUCACAGGUGUUUAUUUAAAAGACUACCACACCUUUCACAUAUUCUCUCAAAACCUACUCACUACUUCAAAGCAGAGCACAUUUAUCUGAAUUGUAACACUAGGCAUUCACAUGCAGGGUGGAAUUCAGACUUGAGAUCUGCGUGUGCAACUCAGACUUCCCCUAGUAAAUCAUGGUGUGAACUUUUGGAAUUGUGAGUUGACACCGGCCGAUCUCAAGUUAAAAUUGCGCUCUCACCGAUUUCUAGUUGUUAAUCGCAAAAUGCUGACAUUAAUGAAUUGAACUCUGACACGGCUGCCUCGGAUGCAGUUGUUCAACAGCAGUGAAUGUUUUCCUUUUAGCACCAAGAAUGUGAAACCUAGGACACCCGACAGGUUCUUAUUACACAAACUUUCACGGAACUCUCUGCUACGAUGUAGGUUCUUUUUUGGACUACUUCAUAUUAGAAAAGUCUACAGAACUUACAGCCAGUUGUUACACAAGUUGUUGAUUUGGCUCUUGAGAAUCAAGAGGGGGCAGCGUUUCAGAACAUUUAGAUUAGAAAAUAUAUUAUGCAAAUCGACCAAAUUCUCUGUCCUCUAGAAAAAGGUGUCAUUUUGACUCUAUACGUUACUUUUAUCUCGUUGUGAACAUUUCACCCUACUGAAUACACCUCUGGUCAGCUCUGGCUUUCCUACAUGCGUUUCUGGACAGGACUAUCUGUAGAUCCAGUCAUGUUUGUGUUUCGUUGAGGGUAAGGGUAAUCGGUGUGUGUUUUCUCAGGUUUGUGGCCUGUGGGCCUUAUGCUACCUACCUCCUAUCGGCCCUGGAAAUCCUUUUAAAACUAUACCUUCCUCCUCGGAACAGGACUUAACUUUCCUUUGCAGCUUCCAUAAAUACAUCACAAUUAUAUUAUACCGUAAUAUAUAAGCCUUUAAGAUUGUUCAUAUCCAAUAAUAAACUGGAAAUAACUUUUUUCAUUUCAACCUCCAUAUACAUAUCUAGUGUGACAUUUUCUGUCAAAUAAAACCUAGAUCUGCAAUUUAUUCUCGGAGUUUGUAUCUGCUGUGAAGUUUCUCAAGGCUUAAUAGAAAUUUGGGAAAUUGGUGGAAAAUUGUAAUUGGACCUAGAUGUAAUCAUGUCUGACUGAAUUUGUGAAGUGAGCAAUUUAAAGCUGAACAUACACAUCCCCCUUUCUGUGUUUGAUGUGCUUAGGUCCAUUUGAGUGUAGCGUUUCCUAGAAUUUGUGGUGUUAUUUUGUUGUUGCUUAUCUGAAUCCUAUAAGGUCAUGUUGAGUAACAACAUAAUCUGUAGUUUUAAACUCAAUUCCUAUUUACUUUAGAAUUGGUGCGCAUCAUUUAGAGUUAUUCUUUACCAUUCUUUAUAGGGCACAACACCUCUACCUGUUCCUUUUGGAAUGACUGAAACACCUUUAAAAAGUCUAUGCACUUAAUUAACAGGUUCAGGGUUGUUUAUUCAUCACAGAAUGCAUUAUUAUAUACAGAACAAACUGAAUGUCUCUUAGAUUAGGUGUUUGUGUUCAUUUGCUUUUCUUGGGUCAAGUCACUGGUGGCCACAGCAGCUGUGUCUUUCACGGUCGAUGUAUGGUAGAGGUUUACUAUAUAGUGCGCAUAUUUUAGCAACAUAUCACUGCUAAUUUUAGAAAAGGGAAUCAUAUGGCUUUCAGUAGUAAGUUAAACCAAAUAUUCUGCAGACUCUCAAUCAAAUGGUUCAAGCUAGCACUUUAAACUGUAGCAUGUAUGCCUCUCGGCUGUGCAGGUCUGUAUGAAUUGGUGUGCAAUAUUACGUAGAAUGCAGGAAAUAGGCCUAUUGUUUUCUCCUGUAAGUAAUGGGAUGCGAUGUUUGCUUUCUGUGAGUAUAAUGCUUUAAUGAACAUGAAGCUUUGUUGGUCAUCAGAUUCUUGAAAUACUAAGCUUUUUUUUUUUUAAACUUGCUGUUUUGUUGAUUUGUAUGAAAUAAACUAGUGUUUUAAACCAA